AUGGAUUUACUAAUGAUGGAUAUAAAGGACAAGUUACAAAUAGCAAGUAAAGCUGAGUGCAGUUCUUCGGUGUCAGUAGAACUCUCUUUGAAAGAGCCCGAGAACUUAAGCAGCAAAAGGAUGAAAACUAAAGUUCUUCCUGGCAGAAGAGACUGUGUGAGUGUAUCUAAAAAUGUAUAUGAACAGAAGAGACUUUUAUUAUUAACUGUUGGUGAGUUGUAUGCUACAUUUAAAGAGCAAUAUCCAGAUCUUAAAGUUGGUCUUCCAAUUUUUUGUUCUCUUCGACUAAAGUGGUGUGUUUUUCCAAGAAGUUCUGGCACCCACAUAGUGUGUGUCUGCCAAAUCCAUGAAGAUUUUAAACUAAUUUUACAUGCACUCAAGAUUAAAGAGCAUUAUAGAGACCUCAUAGCUUCUCUUGACUGUGACAGCGAGUCAAGAACUUGUAUGUUACGUCUUUGUGAUAAAUGUCCUUCAAAUUCUCUAAUCCUUGCCCUUCUUCGCAAGAAAGUCGCUGACAUUAUGGAAGUAAUUGAAUAUGAAAGUGAUCUUUUUGACGAAGAAAUUGUUUACCACCAAUGGAAGUCUACGGAUAGAUCAGAACUGGCAGACCUGAUUGCUUCUCGUUCCGAGCUUCUGAACAUUGCUGUGAACCAGCUUGUGAAUUUAAUUCCUCAUGACUUCAUUGCAAGAAAACAAGCACAAUAUGUAAAAGAAUUCAAAGAAGAAAUGCCACCACAUCAAAUCAAAAUUCUCAUGGAUUUUGCCAUGAAUUACUCAUGUACUUUUCAUCGUGAGACUCAGCCAUAUCACUUUAACAAAAUACAAGUGACAUUGCAUCCUGUGGUAUUGUACCACAAAACAGGGGAAGAACAAAAAGUUGAAGUUGAUAGUAUUUGUUUUAUCUCUGAUGACUUAAACCAUGAUGUUGGCCUCGUGAAAACAUUUCAGAGAAAAACAAUAAGCAUUGUUCAGUCUAAUUAUCCUGAUGUUACUGAGGUAGAAUAUAUCACAGAUGGAUGUGCCGCUCAGUAUAAAAAUAAGUUGAGCUUUUACAACCUUUGCCAGCAUGCAAGAGAGUUCGGUCUUCCAGCCAAACAUAGUUUCUUUGCUACAAGCCAUGGUAAAGCACUAUGUGAUGCUAUGGCUGGUAACAUCAAACGACUUCUUACUAAUAAGAGCCUUCAGUGCCUAGAAGAUAACCCAAUCAACUCUGCCAAAAAAGUCUAUGAAUUUCUGAAAUCUCACAAAAUUUCUGAGAAGAUAAAUUUUAUUUUUGUUUCGAAGGAAGAGGCAGAAAUUUAGAGGACAGCACAGCUUCCUAAUGAUCAACUUGUUACUGUACCUGGCACUAGGACAUUCCACUGCUUUGAACCACUAUCAGAAAACACAAUUGGUUGCAAACGAAUCACUUCUGAUAGCAAUUAUGCCCUUAGACAUUGUCUACUGAAUCAACCACAGCAACAACCACCUGCCCCCUCCUAUGAGAUUGGCUCCUAUAUAAUUGUUAAGGCUGCAGGUCGUCGGCAUUUGGCUUACCUCACAGACAUAAAUACUGAAGAGCAAGAAGCAGAGGUUGUUACAUUGCAACCAAGAAUACCAAGUCCCUCUGGGAUCUACAGAUGGAGGGAAGAUCUUCAUACCUUCUUUGUCCCCGUUCCACAUAUUGUGUGCGCUGUGGAGUUAAUUGAUGGGGGUGAUAAUUCCUUCAAAUUCACUGACUCUGUAAUCAUAAAUCUAAA